AUGUGCGUCGCAGGCCUCAACGUCUCUACGCAACCCUGCAAUCACAGAUGGGUCGAAUUACAGAAACAAUGCGAGCCCACCAAAAAUCUAGCCAACUGCCCGGAAAAGCUACGAAUCGCAGGAUGGGAGACACGAAACGAACACUGUCCUUGGUGCAACGACAACGAGACGUCAACCAGCAGCUCAACACAUCGACUCUUCGGUAGCCCACAAGCUGGAACCUCGCCAUCAUCGCCCAUGGCUUCGGAUUUCCUGGCGACUGGGCAUGGUCGCAGCGGAAGCUUGAGCACACUGAGCUCGUUGUCAAGACAUAGUAGCUCCGCUAGCACUGGAAGCGACCGGGGUCAAAGACAUCGUGAGAUGAAUGAGCGUCUACAUCUCUACCUCACUCUACACCCUCACGAGACAUUGCCCAGCGCGCGGAAGAAUUAUCCGACAUACGUCUCUUCUCCCGUGGACGAGUCUUCGACCUCGGACGGCUAUGGAUCGAGAAGCUCAAGCAGUGCUCUGAGCAAAGGCCUCAUGAAGAGCGUACGAUUCUCCAAGAACAUGUUUAAGGGCUAG